AAGUAACAGCCACAGCCUCUUCAUCCACACACGGGCCGCUUGAGUUGUAAGGAUGCCGCGGGGACUUGGGGAACGCCACAACGCAGUGGAGGACCUUGGGGAGGAGGGAGGACAGAGGCAGGAGCUGGCCAGGCUGCAGCGACAACUCCGGCUGCUGGAGGGGGACAGGCGCGCGUACACCGAUGAGGCAUGCAGCGUCCGUAUGCAACAAGAGUCCGUGAUCCGUACCUUGGAGCAGGAGAACAGCGAGAUCAGUACAGUUCUUCGUCUGUCCCAGAGCGACAAGAACGAAUUGAAGGAUGAGGACAACACAACGUGCCUGCAGAACCUGACUGAGGAGGUGGACGCCCUCAACGCACAGAGCGACAUGGAGCGCAGCAAGAUCACCCAGCUACAGGCAGAGAUUGCGCGAGUUGAGAAAGACAUCUGUCAACAGAGGAGACUCAAUGGCAGCAAUUCGGGAGCCAUAAUGGAGAAGUUGAUACUGAAAAGGACAAAGGUCAUAGAGAAUAGACACGACAAGGCAAUGGUCAAGUUCAACAACCAGCUGGCGGUGAACACGGGUCUCCGCGAGGAGAUUGACCACCUCCGCCAAGACAAGACCGUGUUUGACACCCUCUUCCAGAAGCUCAACACUGAUCUGGAGGACAUGCGCAAAGACAUGUCAGUCAUCAUCGAAGAGGCAUCCCAGGCGUACGAGCAAAGGGACGAGGCGUACAACAAGAUGCUGGCGCUGAAGGAGAGGAGCGAGAAGGACACGUCACAGCACGAGAUGGAGAUGCGCGAGCUGCAGCGCAUCAUCGAGCACGACAACAAGCUAAAGGAGUUCAUGAUGAUCAAGGCCAACGACCGCGGCGAGUACAAGGAGGAGGAGGACGCCAAGAAGAAGAAGGCCAUGAAGGGGGAGCGCGACGUUGACGUCGAGAACAACCAGAUCUUGACGUACGAGGAGGCAUUCGCCGAGAUCAGGGAAGCCACGGGCGAGGAUGACAUCGUCAGGAUCAUGACCGACUUCCUGCGGCGGGAGGACGAGAACUUCGCCCUCUACAACUACGUCAACGAGCUGAACGACGAGGUGGACAAGCUCCAGGAAGAGAUCGGAUUCAUGAAAUCGGAGAUCGCCCGGUUCGAGGAGGAGGAUGUUCAGAUGGAGUCGGAGAGGAAAGUUUGGCUGAAGGAGUUGGAGGACAAGAGCACCCAGUCGGGGAAGGAGGCGGAUGCAGCGGACAAGAGGAUCGUGGAGAUGUCACAGGUUCUGGACGAGCUAACGGAUGGAGUUACCUCCCUGUUCCGCUGUCUGGGCUGCAACAGGACCCCCAUCAACGAGAUGCUGGGCAAUGAGACGGGCGUCACGGAGAAGAACAUCCUUCUAUACAUGGGCAUCAUCGAGCAGCGCACUAUGGAGCUGCUGCACCUUCAACACUAUAUAGACAUGAGGAAUAUGGCCCCGGAGAAGGACAAGGAGAAAGGAAAAGAUGGCAAAACAAAGGAGCCAGAUAUGAAGAAGUUCCGCCGACCUCCAGCCACCAACACCAUCACAAUAGCACCUCCAGGUAUUGGGGAAGAUGAGGACAUGAAUGAGAUGAGUGAAGAAACCGACCUCCGCCCUCUGAGCCACGAGGAACUGAAGCACAUGGUGAUGAGGCGUAUCAACAGGUCAACCGGAAACGCGCAGUCAAUCAACCCCACUCUGGUCAAGGACGCCAAUACCCAGAGGUCCCCUCGGAUACCAAAGGUCGAGGUCAUUCAGCCAACAUAACUUGCCUGCAUGACAGACCAUUAGUGUGAAUACAUGUGUAUUAUAUAUAUAAAACUUUUAAUUCAACUAUUUAAUUUGAUAACCGUUAUAAGGUGGUAUGUGAUUAUUUAUUUUUUCUAACAAUUUACAGUUUUAUCAACUAUUUGUUAGUGAGUUUUAAUUGUUUGCUGUUAUAUGUAGAUACACCCAAAUGUGCAAUAAAAACUGAUGGUUAGAUUUGUUAAACAAAA